CGUAAAGCGGCACUCGGCGAGGGAUGACUGCCGAGGGCUGCAGCCUGCGCGCUCGAGUUUAGUCUCGGUCAGAACACAGGCCUAGCAGGAGCCCGAUGAGAGAGCAGCAGCACACGCGCGGUUCUCGCUCCCUACCGCCCGUGCUCUCUCUCUCUCUCUCUCUCUCUCUCGCUCCGUAUACACACACUACUGUGCAGCGUAAUAUACAGCGGGCACUUUACCCACACACGCCUCACUCGACAUUCAUAUAUACACGCACCGACACGCUGACAAUUGUCAGAAUCUCGGUUCUUACAAGUUCACACUGACAGCUCACACACAGGUGCAUAUACGUGUGCGUGCUCGCGAGGACCAUUCGGAGAGAAGAGAGUCGAGGUCGUCCAGCGAAAGCAGCGACGACACUGCUACUUGGUGCGCAGAGGACAUCGAGGUCCAGGAUUCUCCGGAGAGAAACAACCCAGCCACUCUUAGUUUCAGGUUAGGAGCCUGCUAGGACGGGUCUCUCUCUUUCUUUCUCUCUCUGGGAAGAGUGUCCGCUCGUGCCGAGGCAAACUCACUCGCUCAGCCCGCAGCGCAGCGGAUGUUCCACAUACACGCAGCAUCAGCAGCCCGUGAUUCAGCGAUCAUCAGCCGCGUGGCGUUCUGUAUUGAUGGGAACUAAUUCACCGGCGGCGAUUGCGUCAACAGGCCGUUGAUUCACAGCGCACGGAAGGAACGAAUCGUGCUUCGUGAUACAAUAACAGAGCGAAAAAAGUGCCCGGGAUGAGCGACUAGUGCAAAGAACGAAACUUGUGUGAUGAGAUCACGUGAGUGAGAACACUGUCACGAUCAGAGUACUGAAGGCUCGCUCACGAUCGGGAACAGCCGGUUACCAAAGUGUCAAUGUACCUGGAAGUGAGAAUAAUCCGAGUGAAUUCGCGAGUGACCGGGCUCGAGUGAUUCGGCUGGAUUGUUUUUGACGGAAAAGACUCAUCGCUGAUGAGUCGUGGCGAUGCCGCGUUUCCGGGUACGUUCGCGAUACCGGUACUUGAUUUCUGUGAUUGUGCAAAGUUCGUAGAGUUUUGAGCAGACGUAGAAAAGGACAUCAGCAGUGGCUAGCGAAAAGCGCAGCAGCAACAGCAGCAAGUGAAGCGAGCAGAGAACUGGUAGCCAGUAGUUUCGAUAAUUGGAGAAGAGACUCUGGAGGCGCGAUCCGGUGGUCGCGAUUCUUUCGCGAAAGGAGUGAAGGACGGAAAGAAGACGGGGGUGACCGGCGGCGGAGUGGUUUCGGGCACGCCGGGUAAGCACGAAGCCGUCAAAGUGGCUUCGUCACUGGGGCUCCAGGGGCCUGCUGCGCCGAUCGGGGCCCAGUUACUCCAGGCUUCAGCCGCGGCAGUGGCCGGUCCAGCAGCCUCCUCGGAGGCCGUCGAUCAUGCGAGCGCGACCGUUUACCACGCUAACCUGCUAGCCGGGACCAGCGGCAACGUGCAAGCGGCCCUCCAGCAGCCGGCUGCCGCGCUACUCUCAUCACUUAACCCGGCAGCCGCCCUCGCCAGCAUGCAAGCCUCCGCCGAAGCCAGCUCCCUCGACCUCCAGGCCAUGCAGUCCAUGGAGUGGCUCUUCAAGAAGGAGCGCAUCUACCUGCUCGCGCAGUUCUGGCAACAGAGGGCUACCUUAGCCGAAAAGGAGGUGUCCGCGCUGAAGGAGCAGCUCGCCGCUGCGACCGAUGGGAAUUCCAAGACUGAGGGACAGCAAUUCUCCCAAAAUGCCGAGCAGAGUCAAGACGCCAACAAUCCGAGGCGGACGCCCAACAGCAACCACGAGCAGGAGCUGCAGGCCAAGGAUAGAGAGAUCAACCAGCUGAUGGAAGAGGUGUCGAGGCUGCAGAUGAACCUGCAACGAUUGCAGGAGAGCACCGCUCAGACGACUUCCAGAUUGGAGGAAGAGCUCGAAGCUCGCCGCCAACACAUCAACCGGCUCGAAGCCAAGCUCGAGCGACAGAAGGACUACGACGAGCUGAAGCGCGAGAUCAGCGUGCUCAGGUCGGUCGAUCUCUCGCAGAUCCCGACCGGCGAGUCAGGCAAGAGCCUCGAGCAGGUGCUCAUCGAGCGCUCCAAAGCGCUGCAACAGGCGGAGACGCUCAAGCCGCCCAGCACACCCGAUGCUCUCGGUGGACUCACGUCACCCCUGCAGCGGGCCGCGACCGCUUCGCCGCACGGUGUCAGCGGCGCGGUGAUCGCGCCACCCUCGUCCUCCCUCGUGCAGUCCUCCCAUCAGUCUUGCUCGCAGCCGCCGAGCCGCUCGACUCCGACGCCCUCGUCGUCGUCGGCGCCCACCCCGACCCCGACCUCCUCGUCCUCGCUCCUCUUCCCACCGCCCCUGCAAAACGUCGAGACAUUCGGCUCGUUCCUCGGCGAGGAAAUCGUCGCCAACUGGAGGCGAUCCCUGGAGAGGUCAAUCAUGAGUCAGCAGCAGCAGCAGCAACAACAGCAACAGCAGCCGUCGACUGCGACCGCGACUGCCCAGGCCUCCACGCUCGGUCUCCAUCCUCAGGCCUCGGCGCUGCAGGCUCUGCCCGCUAGUCUAAAUCACCUUCCGUCGCCAACAGAUCCGAUCUCCAGCUCGAGCACCCCGGCCAAGUCGAGCACGCCCCUCGGCAGCGGCAGCACCGCCUCGGCCCUCGACUCCGCGGAGAAGGCGACGACACCGGUCUCCGGACACGAGACUCCGGCCCCGCCCACGCCCUCCUCCACGACAACGCUCACCUCGCCGCCGAGCGCGAUGCAGCUCCUCCAGCCACCGGCUCAUCAGCAGCUGCAGCCACCAACCGGCUCGGAGUCCUCGUCGCAGCCUGCAAUGAUGAACGGGCCCCUCGCGGCCUCGGUCGCAGCGGCAGCAGCAGCCGCCGCCGCCGCCAACCCGCCGCCCAAGAGCCCCGCCGAGGAGUCCGUCUGUCACAACAACAACAACAACAGCCACCACCUGGCCAACAACAACAACAUCGGCCCCGCCAGCGCUACCGGCCUCAGCGUCCUUGACAGCCUCAAGAACCCGUUCCGCUUUGAUGAGCGCUCCCACCCGUUCCGCUUCGGCGACGAGUUCGGCGCCGCGGGCAUGGCCGGACGCCUCGGCGAGUCCCUCAUACCCAAGGGCGACCCCAUGGAGGCACGGCUCCAAGAGAUGCUGCGCUACAACAUGGACAAGUACGCCUCGCAGAACCUCGACACGCUACACAUCGCCAGGCGGGUGCGCGAGCUGCUCUCGAUACACAACAUCGGCCAGCGGCUCUUCGCCAAGUACGUGCUCGGCCUGAGCCAGGGAACCGUCAGCGAGCUGCUCAGCAAACCCAAGCCCUGGGACAAGCUGACCGAGAAGGGCCGCGACAGUUACCGAAAAAUGCACGGCUGGGCCUGCGACGACAACGCUGUUAUGCUGCUCAAAUCCCUCAUACCCAAGAAAGAGUAUGUUUCAGGCAAGGAGCAGGGCAUGCCCGCCUUUGCGCGCGGUCCCCAGGAGCCCGGCGCAGGCGGUAACGGCAACAACGGCAACAGCAGCGGCCCGACCUCGGGAGUCGGCCAGGACAUGAGCGAGGAACGUAUCGCCCACAUGCUCAGCGAGUCCGGCCACAUGCAGCUGAGUCGACAGAGCGAGGCCGACACCUCGAACGACGCCGACAGCAAGAGCCCAAGCCGACUGAACUGCCCGAGCCCGUUCGGCAAGGACCGCAGUAUGGACAGCCAGAACCGCAGACUCAAGAAGUACGAGAACGACGACAUUCCCCAGGAGAAGGUGGCCAGGAUCUACCAAGAGGAACUGGCCAAAAUCAUGGGCCGAGAUAUGCGCGGACCUCGAGACUUCCCUGCCAGCGCGAUGUUUCCGCACUUUUUCAGCGGGCAGAACCUGCAGGGCAUGGAGCGCACCCAGGAGGAGAUCCGCAUGGCUCUGGACGCCUACCACCGCGAGCUCCAGAAGCUGAACGUGGCCCAGGGUCUGCCCUACCCGCCACAGAUCUCGGGCUUGCUCGCCCUCCAGCAGCACGCCAUCCAGCAGCAUCACCUGGCGACGAACGGGGGCGCCGGCACCGGCUCCGCGGCGGCAGCCGCAGCAGCGGCCGCCCAGGACCUCAGUCUCGGCAACAUACUUAGGAGCAAGAUGAUAAACGGCGUCUCCGAGGAGGAGAAGGAGAAGAUGGAGGAGGCCAUGAGGCACGCGGGUAGCGCGUUCUCUCUGGUCAAGCCGAAGCAGGAGCCGGCCGGUGCCCAGUCGACGCCCGGCGGCUCCAGCGCCAGUUCGCCACUUGGCAACUCGAUCCUGCCGCCGGCGAUGACGCCCAGCGAGGAGUUCGCUGGCGCCGCCGCGGCCAGCCCCCUCCAGAGGAUGGCCUCCAUCACCAACAGCCUCAUCAGCCAACCGUCCACGCCGACCCACCACUCGGCCAACCAGCGGCCGCUCAAGGCUGUCCUGCCUCCCAUCACCCAGCAACAGUUCGACAUCUACAACAACCUCAACACCGAAGACAUUGUCAAGAGGGUGAGGGCUUUUGUGAAGGAGCAGCUCUCCCAGUAUUCGAUCUCUCAGCGUUUAUUCGGCGAAUCCGUCCUGGGACUGUCCCAGGGCUCCGUAUCGGAUCUCCUGGCUCGUCCCAAGCCCUGGCACAUGCUCACACAGAAGGGCCGCGAGCCCUUCAUCCGCAUGAAGAUGUUCCUCGAGGACGACAACGCUGUACAUAAGCUGGUUGCCAGCCAGUACAAAAUCGCACCGGAAAAGCUCAUGAGGACCGGCGGCUACGGCGGCCUGCCUCGUAAGUUUAACUCAGCUUGUGGAACACCAAUGAAACCCAUGCCACCUACAAAGCUCGUUCAAGAGCAGUUGCAGAACGCGGCGAAAGCUCAGGCAGCCGUACAGGCAGCUGCGCAAGCCGCAGCGGCCGCCCAGCAUCAGCAAGAGAGCCAAUUGCAGCUCGGCCCGCCUCAGCAGAGCCCGCAGCUUCCAGUGCAUUCGCAGCCGUCGCCGAUGAUGCUGACUCCGCCUGGACCCAUCCUCACCCACUCCCAGCUCAGCAUGCAGGAGCUUCAAAAGAAGCAGCAACAGCAGCAGCAGCAACAGCAGCAGCAACAGCAGCAACUUCAGGGGCCCGGCCAGAUCAGCCUGCAUUCGCCGCAUCAGAUGGCUCCGUCACCUCUGCGCGCCCUACACCCACACAUCUCGCCCAGCGUCUACGAGCUGGCAGCCCUCACUCAAGAUAUGGACACGCAGACGAUCACGACAAAGAUCAAGGAGGCCCUGCUGGCCAACAACAUCGGCCAGAAGAUCUUCGGCGAGGCGGUCCUCGGCCUGUCGCAAGGCUCCGUCAGCGAACUGCUGAGCAAACCCAAGCCCUGGCACAUGCUCAGCAUCAAGGGCCGCGAGCCCUUCAUCCGCAUGCAGCUCUGGCUGUCCGAUCCACACAACGUCGACAGACUGCAGUCUCUGAAGAACGAACGGCGCGAGGCCAACAAGAGACGACGCAGCAGCGGACCCGGACACGACAACAGUUCCGAUACCUCGAGCAACGAUACCGCCGAGUUCUAUCACGCGGCGUCGCCCGGUCCCGGACCUGGACCCACCUCUGCCAAGAAGCAGCGCGUUCUCUUCAGUGAAGAGCAGAAGGAGGCUUUGCGGUUGGCCUUCACACUCGAUCCCUAUCCGAAUGUAGCCACGAUCGAGUUCCUCGCGAGUGAGCUCGCCCUCUCCUCGCGAACGAUCACCAACUGGUUCCACAACCACCGCAUGAGACUGAAGCAGCAGCCACCGCACGGCCAGCCGGAGCCCCAGUCGGCCCGCGAGCCCGGACAGCCCUUCGACCCCGUGCAGUUCCGGCUGCUCCUCCAACAAAGACUGCUGGACAUCCAGAAAGAGAGACUCGGCCUCGGCAGCGUGCCUCUCGCGUACCCGCCCUACUUCAACCCGAAUCUCGCAGCCCUAGUCGGGAAUGCGCUCAAGGAACAGUGCUCCGGCCUCGAUCUCUCCAUGGGAUCGCUCAAACGUGAGCCCAACCAAGAAUUCGAGGACGAUGACGCCGAGGACGCAAUGAGCAAUCUCGGCAGUGAGGACUCGGAAGGAUCCGCCGCCAGCAUAAAGCGCGAGCCGACCGAGACUCCGGCACCAGCCAACAGUUCGACCUCGAGGUCGAACAGACGAAAGCCUGCCGCACCGCAGUGGGUGAAUCCCGAGUGGCAAGAGCCCGCGAGGACCGGCGACGAGGUCAUCAUCAACGGCGUCUGCGUCAUGCAAACCGAUGACUACGGCGUCAAGCGAGAGACCGAAGAAACGGUAAGAGUCGAGCCGACGCCGGUUCCGGACAGAUACGAGGAGGACGCCCAGAGCGACGUGUCGUCGGUCUCCGCGGCCAACGUGCCGGACCGACAGAGCCUCUCGCCCAGCCCCAAAUCCGCGCAGAACAGCCCCACCACGUCGCCCAGGCCGCCCUCGGACCCGCAGCACGGACAAGCGCCUGCCGAGGACAGUCCGAAGGACGUCGUCAAGAACGAACCCGAAGAAGCAUGGGACUACUAGAGAGGGAUAAAAAGCUGACCGCCGUUAUUUAGCGGCUCGGGCUUCUUUUCCAAGUGUAUUUAUUCCAAAGCUGUGAGCUGGCCAAGCCAAGCCAAACGAGAUCGGUCGAUCAAAGACUGAGCAUCGGUUGCAUCCGCCUCUAAGGAUGAGGAUUAUCGUAGUUAAGUUUUUUUUUUCAUUUUAAUAACGAAGCCAGCAAUAGGAUACGGUGGAAGCCGAGUCCUGCCUACAAUUAGGGCAUUAACGUAUAAAGAGAAUACAAGUGAGAUAGAACGAGCGAGAGCGAGAAUGAACACGGCGACGAUGAUGGCCAAUGGUUUGAAUAACCGAGCAAAAUCAAAAAUAAGCGAAACUUCGGACUUGCAUCGAUGAUGAAUUUCAAGUUGGAUGAAAAUUUGUUGAAAAGAAAAGAUAAGCGAGCAACGAAUGUACGCAAGAACAAAGGAAGCGAUAGUAGUGAAGAUAUUUAAGCAGUGGUGAAUUAAAAUUUGUAAGUUAGUAAUAAGGAAUCGAAAUUUGAGAGGAUCCCUUCCGCCUGCGCUAACCAUGAACUGUUCUAAAUAUAGAGGAAGAGCGAAAGGCGCCGAGCAGAUCCUCUCGACAAACAGUGCAAUCUCCACGUAACCAAUUGUUAGAUUGAUUUUUAAAUAAAAGCUAGGAAAGAAUGGAAAGAGAAGAGAAGCGGGCUCGCGCCGUAAGCGAGUGCAAGAGAAAUUGCAUAAUUGUGAUUAAUGUUAUUGUUUAUAUUGGUCCCAAUUACCCAUGCGAAACCUCCUUUUUAGCCAUUAAGCUGUUGACGUUAUUGCAUAUAUUUCACUCUCGAGUUGCGUAAAUAUAUAAAAUGAAAAAAGUAUAUACAAUUGUCGAUUUUUACGUUGUUAAAACAAAAGGAAAUAGCAAACAAAUAUGUCCAACCUUCUUUUCACUUCCCUUUUGCUUGCCCGCUAUUUAUGCUGCGAGAGAGAAAGAGACGAGAUCGAUCGUGUCGAUCGCAUGGACACCGUUACCAAUGUUAAUUAUUACUAUUAUUAUUAUUCUUGUAUUAUUAUCUUUAUUAUCAUUAUUGUAAUUUUUAUUAUAAUUAUUAUUAUCAUUAUAUAUUAAUAUUAUUACUAUUACGUUUUGACUAUAAUUGCUAUUCUAUUGCAAAGAGAAAAAGAAAAUUGUACAGUAAUUACUAUUUUAUUGAUUAUUCUACUUGCGAUAAGCAAAAAGGGCCUAGCCAAAAUAAAAGAAUUUAGACGAAUCGUCGAUGUCUUAUUUCCGUUUUUGUAUUUCUUAAAGAAAAAAAAAAUAAGCGAACGCAAGUGUAGUCGAUACGACAAAAAUGCAAAAAUAUUGCAAUUCCGAGCUAUCGAAAUGUAUAAAAUAAAUUGUAUUGUAGAAAUUCGUAUCGAAAAUUCUGAAUUUUCAUUAUUAUUGUCAUUUGACCAUAUUAUAGUUAUAUUAUUCAUUAUAAAUUAUUAUUAAUUAUCAUUAUCUUAAGGCAAAUAAGAAAAAAAGAAAAACAAAUGAAACGGCUUGUGAAGCCGAUGUGAUAGAGCUUACGGACUACGAGAGGCAAAAGGGACAGUGGCAGCGGUUUUUAACCGUAACCAUACUUUGCAGACUUGCAAGGGCAAAAUAAAUAGCCCACCAGUUACGAAGUGAAUAGAAAAACAGAAAACUCCCGAUACGCGAAAGCAGUUUUCUUCGUAUGAACUUCUACAUUGUAAAUAUCUUUGUACAUAAAACUAAAAAUGAGAAUACAGACACAAAUACACAGCAAACUUGUAUAAAUAAGUAUUACUCUCUUAUCGCAGUUAACUACGUAAUAUCGUAUAUGUGCGCACGAUCAUAAAAGCAACAAAAAAUGAUAUGUCGCGAUAAACAGGACCGAGAAACUUAGAGCCGCUUUUAGCAGCAACGCGAUUAAAAACGUUGCGAGCUAUACAUGUCUGAUCGAAUAGCAACGCAACGGGAUGAAUGCGUCGAGUACGUGAAAAUUGUAUGAAUGAUCGAAGUAAGGAAAAAUUCUUGCUUCGAUGGACAAAUCAAACUUGCGUCGACCAGUUCAAGCUACGUUUAAUCUUUGAUUAACUUCUAGUCUGCAGUUAAAAGAGAAAAAGUAUGAAAGCAAAUUUUUUAAUUAACGUAAUAGAGUGACUGAAAAAGUACCGAUUUGACGGGCAUUGAAAGAUUACAAAUAGACCGGUGAUUGUUUUUAUUAAUUUUAAUAGAGUUAGUGCGUAUAUAGCGGGGCUACCGUUUACCGAUACAAGAAAUCGAGUCAAAAUGCACUGAAGUUUCCAAGUAUAUAAAUGAAUGGUAUAAAAACAACUUCAUACAUUUUUACUUGGCUUUUUAUACAAAAAGAGUACCUAUAAGAACAAAGAAAAUGUUGAUUGACGUUUCUUUGCAGAUAUAGAUAAAAAAAUCAGAUGAACGUAGCUAAACUCGAGAAAAAUUGAUCUCUUUUAAAUUAAUUAAGUUAUUUUUAUCCGCUUUUAAGAAAUGAAUCUCUCAAUUUUAUCCUUCUCAUUUUUAUUUUAUUGGCUAUUAAAUGUCUUGAACAUCGUUCAAAAUUUUGUCGACUGUAUGAGAAGCAUUCCGAACUAUACAAUGAGAAAAUUAUGGUACAAUUAAUGAUGCUGCGUUUUAAAAUUUUAUUCCUACGAAAAAUGUUUAAGAUCAAAAAAGCUUCUAAAGUUCGUACUAUCGACAACCUUCGCGGGAAGUGAAUUAGUUUCGCUCCGGAAGUAUUUGAUCAACGGCGAACGAUGGCCUCUGAUUUCUCAUUCAUCGAAUCAGAAUAACUAGGUUUUUUGUAGAUACUGGUAUAGAACAUAAAUAGUUAAUAGCUUUAAUUAUUUAAAGUGGGGAUCGGAUGAAGAGCGAAUAUAACAAGGAAUGACAAGAAUAUAUAAUAAACCGUCUUGUAAUAUAUAAAUAAAAAUGAAUGAUUUGAUGAGAGUCGAUGUUCUCGUAAAAUUUUCGGCGCGUGAAAGUCGAAACUCGUAUCAUAACGAAAAUAAAUGUCGCGCGUGUAAAAUUCGCUGACAUUGGUGAAGAAGCAUGGAGAAAAAAAUCAUAUCGUAAACCUAACAAUGAAUAUUUUACAAUAUAAAAGAUGUAGAUAGAACAUUUGAAAAAAAGUUAUCGAAAUGCUUUGUUUCUUGAAUAUUUCCCAUAAUUAUUUCUUUUGUUGUGACAACGACAAGAAGCCGUUGGAGAGUCGUUUUAAGAAAACGAAUAUGAUGUUUAGAAAUAAUCGACAAAAAUUAGAUCGAAGAGAUAAAGACACAAGCGCACUGUCGUCUUUUCCAGUAGUGAAAAUAAUGUAUCAAAGAAAAAUCGAAUGCGAUUUACCUGCAGUAAUAAAUAGUUUAAUUAUUUGUAUUUCAUUUUGAACUGUAUUAUAUAGCUUAAAAGUUAUCCUGUACAUUGCAUAAACACUAUUGCACUCUUGUUUUAAAUUGUACGUUUAUGAUUAUUAUACGAAGAUUAAAAGAAAAUAAAUAAGGUAUACAAAAUAUUGAAAUACGUGAGAGAUUUAUUGUCUUUAGCUUGUAAUGCUCUUUGGCAAUUCAAAACAUAAGAAAACAAAAAUUAAUAAGUAUAUAGGAACCAAGACAAAAAAAGCAUUCAUAUCCUCUUCCAGUAAUAAGGAUAAGAAUGAGGAGUCAGCAAAGGAAGCUUGUUUGUGCUCGUUGCGAAUGCGUUUGUCUACAGUCGCAAUACGAAGGAAAAUCAGAUAUUUGAGAAUUCUUUCAUUGUAUAUACGUAUACAUAUAAAUAAUAUUAUUCAUAUCACUGUCUUCAUUAAACAUUUCUAAAUUAAAAGCCUGUAUUAAAAAAUUGAAAAAUUUGUUAUUUAAAUGUCCUUUCCGCAUGCUUUGAAAUUAAAUAUUUUACUGAAAAUUUGUACUGUAUUGUUUAUUUUUAUAAAUACAAUGUCCCACAAUAGUUCAGGCAUGUAAGAUGUGCUAAAUUCAAAAUAAUAAUUCUUAAAAUGAAAUAUUUAUCUACAGUCGUUAUUAUGAGUUGUUGGCAUCUUUGUAUACUCACAGCGACGCGCGAUAAGCCUUAAGGUUACCAUCAGCAGGUAGGGAUUAACGUUACUUUAUCUUAUCCCAAUUAGGAAAGUACAUUCUAUAUCAACUGUAGAUAAUACUCAACUAUGUAAAUUGCACUCUUCACAAAUACUAUCUGUAAAAAAACUGCGAGUAAUCACGUACCAAUUAAGUUUUAAUUAUAUUCUUUUAAUCUGAUUCUGUGUGGGAUAUUUAAAAAAUACGCUAAUCAAAAUGUAUGAUUUAAAUUUAAUUGACAAUAUUAAAUGUAACCAAAAUUUCGAUUUUUGCUCUGCAGAUCUAUUACAAAUUUAAUCAUUAUCCUUAUAAAUAAUAAAACAUUGCUGUGAAAUAUCAAUUUAUAUUGGAAUUGAAAGUCUAUUUUGUACAUGCAAGUUCGAAUUUAUAAAAAUUCCGUUUCAAUGUAAACAUGGUUUAUACUGAUCUUAUUAUCAAGUAUAGAUAUUUUUUAUAGUUGUGAAUUUUAUUAUUUUGGCAUCUUGCGAAUCCGAUAAAAUAAUUUAGAAAAAGUAAUAAAUCAUGUAAAAAUGUAGAAUAUCCUUUACUUCUUAUUGCAAAUUUCUACAGAAAAAUAUAAAAAUUUUGAAAUACAUUAAAGUUAUUUCAUAUAUUUCUGUAGAAAGUAAAUUAAAAAAAAAA